CGACUCAUCAUCCUCAGCCAUGUCGUUCAUUUUCGAAUGGAUCUACAACAGCUUCAGCAGCGUCCUGCAGUUCCUGGGUUUGUACAAGAAAUCUGGGAAGCUUGUGUUCCUGGGCUUGGAUAACGCUGGCAAAACCACUCUGCUGCACAUGCUCAAAGAUGACAGGCUGGGGCAACACGUCCCCACGCUACAUCCCACAUCAGAGGAGCUGACAAUUGCUGGAAUGACCUUCACGACUUUUGAUCUGGGUGGACAUGAACAAGCUCGGAGGGUGUGGAAGAACUACCUGCCAGCCAUCAAUGGGAUUGUCUUCCUGGUGGACUGUGCAGAUCACUCACGGCUUAUGGAAUCCAAAGUGGAGCUUAAUGCGCUCAUGACGGACGAGACAAUAUCCAACGUGCCAAUCCUUAUCCUGGGGAACAAAAUCGACAGACCAGAGGCCAUCAGUGAGGAGAAACUGCGGGAGAUCUUCGGGCUCUACGGACAGACCACAGGAAAGGGCAACGUGCCGCUGAAGGACCUGAACGCGCGGCCCAUGGAGGUGUUCAUGUGCAGCGUGCUGAAGAGGCAGGGCUACGGCGAGGGCUUCCGCUGGCUGUCCCAGUACAUUGACUGA